CGGCGUGAACACGUUAGGAGAAAACAUUGCCGACAACGGGGGACUCCGAAUGGCAUUCAGGACACUUAACGAACAACUUAAAGCGUUCGAAACACCGGAUGUUCGCCUUCCGGGACUCGAAAAUUACACAUCCAAGCAUCUCUUCUUCCUCUCGACCGCUUACGUAUGGUGUGGAAGCUCUCGUGCAGGCGCCUUGCGCCUGCAAAUCGAAUACGACCCCCACAGCCCGCGCAGACAAAGAAUAAACGUCUCUCUAAGGAACAUGAAAUCGUUCACUACGAUAUUCCGUUGCAACGAAACCAAGAAAAUGACAUUCAAGCCGAAAAGCAACCGGACUUGCGUGCUGUGGUGACUUAGCUGUAAUAAAAAUUCUUCUUUUUUCAAAUCUA